AUGGUGCUUCCGAGCGUUCUGAACGUUGCGUUGCGCUCAACUGCUGGUUCAAACUCGACUAACAACCGAGGUGUCUGCAGUCGGACGCUCGUCUUGAUGCGUGAGCGCGGUAAAAAGCCGUCGCUGAAAUCAACGAGCGUAAGUGCGUCCUCGCCAAAUUCACUCAAGAGUAAACGAGUGAAAGCUUCGGACACGACUGUCAAGUCGUCUAAGUCGAGUGGGGCGUCCAGUCGUUCCUUCGCUCGGUGGAGUUGCUUCGCGCUCGCCCUGGGUUGGAUCGGAGUGCUGUACUGGGGAGAGAUCCACGUGCACGUUCUCGCGCAGAAUCGAUGUUCGUGGCCGCCUAAAGAGGGCGGCGCGAUGGUGAUGGCGACGGCGGACCCCCAGCUAGUGGAUGACUACACGUAUAGAGAGCUCGGAAAGGAGUCUCUUGCUUUGAGAUUCGUCGAGGCUGUGUGCGAUGCGUACGUGCGAAGAGCGAUGAAAACCGCUUUGGGAAAAUUUUCUCCGGAUAAUGUUGUCUUCCUGGGAGAUCUUUUCGGACAGGGCGCUCGCAGGGAUGAAAAACGGUGGGAAGAGCUCCGGCGGCGAGUGGACUCUGCGCUCAUGUGGCCCAGGAAUGGAGAAGACUUCACGUAUCGCACAGUGGCUGGGAAUCACGACGUAGGAUAUUCUGAAGUCAUUCGCAAUCAUCCCGCGAUGUUGGACCGCUUCGAAAGGUGGUACGGGAAGAGUAACUUUGUCGAACGGAUAGGAGGCGUCGACUUCGUCGGAGUCAACUCGAUGGUACUUGAUGGCCGAGGGUCGGAGACAGACAACACGUGGGCUUUCAUCGAAGGUCUGAGUCGUGAGCGAGAUGAGAGCAAGGAGAACGUACCAAGAGUACUGUUGACGCACUUGCCACUGCCUAAUCCAGCACAAACGUGUGGUCCACUUCGGAACUCGGCGGUGAUACCAGGCAGAACCAUUGGCAGUGAUAGAGAAAUAGUUUACCAGGACUACCUCUCAGACGAGUCUGCGGGGAGACUGCUGCGUGCGAUCGAACCUGAAUUAAUUCUUUCGGGCCACGACCAUGACCAGUGCGAGGUAGUGCACUCGUACGACUCGAAACUGCGAGGUGAGAAGAAGUCUGUGACAGAGGUAACUGUUGGCACGAUCAGCGCACUGAAUGGAAACGAUCGUCCCAGCUACUUGAUGUUGAGCGUUUCAGGCAGUGGAAAAUCGCAGAUGGUCCAUCAAAAAUUGUGCUUCCUCCCAGAAAUCAGGAAAGUGCUAAGAGCCUACUCGCAGAUGGCGGUUCUUACCAUCCUUAUUAUUUUAUCACCGCCUCUGGGAGAAUUAAUCACAGCGACGAAAAGAUUCGAAGAUCGUAGGUCAAUCAUCCUACAUUUGAGGCAACUCGUCGUUGGGAUGAUUAAUUUAAUUUUCCUUUUAAUUGUGGUUGCUGGGGAGUAUAUUUUGUUUUUGGCACACGACUCAAUGAUUUUAGGCCGGCUGUUCACGUUCACACGUGCACUCACUGGCUGA